CGCUGUGCGGGCGUGUAGUCGCCGGGGGAGGCCGACGGGGCUGGAUUGCGAUUAGCUGCUAUAAAACAGUUUAAAUACAGGAGAAAUCCACAUAAACGCGCAGUAAACAGAGAGCUGUACAUCUCUUUCUGUACUCAGAGUAAAGAUGCCAUCUGCGAGUGUUGGCGAAUAUGCUGUUCAGUCCUCCAGUCCAGAGCUGGGCUCUGCCCAGGCAGCAGGAGCUUCAACCGAGGCCUUGAAGCAAGUGCUGAAUAUCAUUGAGAAGAAGGUUCGCAACAUGGAGAAGAGAAAGUCCAAGCUGGAGGACUACAAGACGAGGAAGAGCAAAGGCGAGCAGCUGAAUCAGGAUCAGCUGGAGGCUUUGUCCAAAGCUCAGGAGGUGUCACACAACCUAGAGUUUGCUCGGGAGCUGCUGAAGAACUUCACGUCUCUGAAUUUUGAGAUCCAGAAGGCAGUGAAGAAGAUGGCGAGGCGGGAGCAGCUGAAGCGGGAGGAGGUGGAGAGACGGAGGCUAAAGGCGGUACUGGAGGUGCAGUAUGUGCUGGACCAGCUGGGCGAGGAGAGCGUCAGGCAGGAGCUGAGGCAGCCUGCUGGGAGUGGCAGCGGCAACGGGGAGGAAGGACCUCUGCUCUCCGAGGCUGAACUCUCCAGCCUUGACGAGUUCUACAAGCUGGUUGGACCAGAUCGGGACCCCAACGUCAGGUUGACUGACCAGUUUGAGGAGGCCUCUUUGCAUUUGUGGGAGCUGUUAGAAGGAAGGGACAAAGCUGUGGCUGGAACCACAUAUAAAGCCCUUAAGGAGAUCUUGGACAAGAUCCUGCAAAGUGGGUACUUUGACCGGACGCAGACGCAUCAGAACGGAGUGUGUGAGGAGGAGGAAGAGGAACAGCAGCAGGCCGCCCCUGCUGAAUCGUCAGAGUGCGAGGAGCAGCCAGCAGAACCAGAGGGGUCGGUUACUCAAGAAUUCACGGAGACCAUUGAGGUGGAAGCAACAGAGUUUGUAAAUCGACAGUUCAUUCCAGAAGCUACGUACACCAGUACUGAAAAAGAACAAGGAGGGGAGUGGAGUGUAAGCUCUGAGGUGGUAAGCUCCCUUCAACAGCAACAGCAGCAACAGCAGCAGCCGCCACCCCAGCAGCCACCGCAGCAGCAGCCACAGCCUCCUCCCUCAGCGAUGAGCCCGGCACUGGUCAGCUCCGAGGCGCCGCCACUCAACCCUGUGCUCCCUCCCACUGCGGCUGAUCCUAUGGUCAGGAAGCAGGCGGUGCAGGACCUCAUGGCUCAGAUGCAGGGCACCUACAACUUCAUGCAGGACUCCAUGCUGGAGUUUGAUGGGCAGCCUUUGGAUCCUGCUAUUGUAUCGGCUCAGCCAAUGAAAUCUGCACAGAUGGUCUGUGCACCAGCUCACACAGAAAACAGACUCCCCCAACACAGCACAGUUACUGUACAUCCAGAACCCACACAAGUUCCUAUGGUGUCUCCACCUGCCGAAGCAUACACCUCCACGCCUCCUCUGUACCAGCCCCCCCACAGCUCAGAGCCACGGCCCUCGGCCGAUUCCAUUGACCCCCUUCAGGUGUCCAUGCCCCUGUCGUCCGAGCUGCCCCCCGCCCCUUCCUCCCAGCCCCAGGUCUUUCAGUCCGUCUCCAAACCCCUCCACAGCGGCAUCAACGUUAACGCAGCACCAUUCCAGUCCAUGCAAGCGGUCUUCAAUCUGAACGCCCCAGUUCCUCCAUCUAAUGAGAUGGACUCUCAAAAGAUGUCCAACCAGUACCAGAGCAGUUACACUCCCAGCUUCAGCAGCCAGUCUCCCCACUCAGUGGAGCAGCAGGAGCUGCAGCAGGAACCUCUUCAGUCAGUUGUUGGAGCGUUCCACUCUCAAGACCAAGGCAUUCCUUCCUCCGGGGGGCACCAGUCCAUGCCCCAGCAGGCCUCGGGCCAGGGCACGGGCUUCAGCCGCCAGACCCAGUCCUUCUACAGCAGCAGAGCUGUGCCACGCGCCGGCCCCAGAAACGCCAGGGGGGCCAUGAACGGUUACCGAGGCCCAUCCAAUGGCUUCAGAGGUGGAUAUGAUGGUUAUCGCCCUCCCUUCCCAAACACUCCUAACACCGGGUACGGCCAAACCCAGUUCAGCACCCCACGAGAUUACUCCAGCAGCACCUAUCAGAGGGACGGAUAUCAGCAGAGCUUCAAGAGAGGAGCUGCCCAGGGACCUCGAGGUAGCUCUCGAGGACGAGGAGGACCAUACAGACCCAACAGAGGGAUGAGCACCAUGACGGUUCCACAGAGCAGCUAAACCCAACACAAUCUGACCCCACCCGACCCAACCCAACCCAACGCUCUCCAUCAUCAUCCUCAUAUCACACUCGUGCCCCCCUCACCACCUCCACACCCUGGACUCAAUUUGAGCUCUCUGAACCCAUGUAGCAACUAACUAAAGGACAAACGUCGGAGAUACACAACCGUACCGAAGCCAUACCUCUCCUCCUCUCGCGCCGCCGCCGUAUCUCGUAAAGCUUUCCCCCCGAUCACUCGCGGUCUGUCGCACAGCCUUAAAUCCCGUACGCAGGAAUAUCUGUGCCUUCGCUUCAAUGGGCUUCGUGUUCUGAAUUGGACCAGAGUAGACGAGGACGUGUAAAACAUAGCCAAAUAAUACGUUUAAACAAAUGUGAAGAAUAAAAGUACUGUAUUGUAAUUUGUUUUUGUUUUGUUUUGACUAGUUUAUGGGACAAUUUGCAUCGUACUGAAUGUGAUUGAAUGAGUGCGUCAUGGAAUUAAAUUUAUUUGAACAGC